AAGCACACACAGAGCAAAAGGCAGCAAGGCAAGGGACAUAUUUGUUUAGUACACUGGGAAGGAUACAGUUUGUUUUAAAGUUAUGGGGCUAUUAGAUGUAUUUCUCCAGUCCUCCAGUUCUGUCUCCUUGUUAGCAGCUCUCAUAGUACUGGUGCUGGUCUACAUCAUCUCCUCCUCAAGCUUCAGCUCCAAGUCAGAUGGAAACGAUCCUCCAGGACCAAAACCGUUCCCUAUACUUGGUAACCUGCCGCAGCUGGACCUUAAGAAACCACACAGCACAUUACUGGCGCUUUCCAAGAAAUAUGGGUCAGUGUUCACUAUCUAUUUGGGAUCCAGAAAAGUGGUGGUCGUGGCAGGAUACAAAGCAGUAAAGGAGGCACUUGUCAACCAUGCUGAUGAUUUUGGAGACAGAGAUACAAUACCAAUUCUGCAAAAAAUUAACAAAGGACAUGGGGUUUUAUGGUCCAACGGGGAUUCAUGGAAAGAGAUGAGACGCUUUGCUUUGACUAACCUGAGAGACUUUGGAAUGGGUAAAAAGGUAUGCGAGGACAAAAUCAGUGAGGAAUGUCAGUACCUUAUGGAAGUGUUUAAGAAAUUCAAAGGAGAAGCUUUUGAUACAACCCAACCAAUGAACUAUGCAGUCUCUAAUAUCAUCUGCUCCAUGGUCUAUGGCAGCAGAUUUGAAUAUGAUGAUCCAGAGUUUACAUCCCUGGUAGAUCGCACAAACAAAACCAUUCAAAUUGCGGGCUCCCCAUCAAUACAGUUGUACAACAUGUUUCCUUGGAUCGGCAAAUUCUUCGCUGACACUAAGGAAAUCCUGCAGUCAUUUCACAGCAACAAGGAGCAGACCUUUAAACUUAUCAGUCAUUUGAAAGAGACCCUCAAUCCACAGAUGUGCAGAGGUUUCGUGGAUGCCUUUCUGGUCCGACAACAAAAUCUGGAGGAAUCUGGGACUAACAACAGUCACUUCCAUAAUGAAAACCUAAUAAGUACCGUCGCUAAUCUCUUUGCUGCUGGCACUGAUACAACAGCAACUACACUGAGAUGGGGACUUCUGCUUAUGGCCAAGUAUCCAAAAAUACAGGACCAGGUCCAGGAGGAGCUGAACAGGGUGAUAGGUAGUCGUCAGGUUCAAGUCGAAGACAGGAAGAUCCUGUCCUUCACCGACGCUGUCAUCCAUGAGACACAGAGACUAGCCAACAUCGUGCCCAUGGCUCUUCCUCACAGGACCAGCAGAGACGUCACGUUCCAGGGUCACCUAAUUGAAAAGGGGACGACAGUUUAUCCUCUCCUGACGUCUGUCCUCUAUGAUGAGAGCGAGUGGGAGCAUCCACGCACCUUUCAUCCUGCCCACUUCCUGGACAAAGAUGGAAAGUUUGUCAAGCGAGAUGCAUUCAUGCCUUUUUCUGCAGGUCGCAGGAUUUGUCUCGGCGAGAGUCUGGCCAGGAUGGAGCUCUUCGUCUUCUUCACCACCCUCAUGCAGCACUUCCGUUUCACUGCUCCACCCGGAGUUUCGGAGGAUGAGCUGGAUCUGACACCACGAAUGGGCUUGACUCUUAACCCCUCACCUCAUAAACUGUGUGCUGUCCCCCGUUUGUGAGGAGCAAGGUGUGAAAAUGCUGCUUGAACUUAUAUUUGAGUCGUUUCUAAUUUCUACAAUGUUAUACUCCGUGUAGUGCAACAGCAAUUGUUAAAUUCAACAUGGAUUAUGUAAUUAACUCAAUUUAUGUUGAAUUGCUGCUUGAGAAUGUCCCAGCUAUUGUCUUUGUACUUUCUGUGCCUUCAGAGCUCAGUUGUUGAAUACUUGUACAGUCAUUCUCCCUCCUGUAAAUAUACUGUAUAUAUUUGUAAUUAUUAAUAAUACAAUUAUUAUUAUUAUUGCUGCUACCAUUCUGAUUAUUAAUAUUACACCAAGUACAGUACAAUAACAACAAUUAACAAUCAAGUGUGUGACCAUAUCCUGUAACCUAUUUAAUUAACCAGAGGUGUGCUUUGUUUUAAUGUUUCAUGUUUCUGUAUUAUCCUUGUGUCAAUGUAUUUUAUGUGGUCUUCUGCUCUGCUACAUAUAGUAUUGCUGUUCCUGUUUAAAUUCAUUUUAUAUGUCUUUUGUAGCUGUCAUUACACCUGCCCAGGGACUGCAGUUGAAAAUGACCCUAAAUGGCCAAGAACUGGCACAUUUAAAGAAAUGUUUAUUAAUGUGU